AGUGCGGUGUACGCCAGCGCUCACAGUCACUCGAUCAGUCGACCGGCAAAGUCAUCGGAGGCCGGUUGAACUCCCAUCGAAAGCGCGUGAUAACGCACACACACACACACACACUCACAUACACACACAUACUCAUAAAAAUACACAUACCAAACUUAUACAAAUACACUUACACUUAACACAACACACACACACUCAUAAUACACAUGCACACAAAUCCAUGUACACACACACGCACGACAUACGCGCGCGAACAGAAAUAUUCGCGAACGACGCGAUUAGUGCUCUCGUCAUACGCAGGCGACGUGUUAUACCGGUUUGUGAAAAAGAAAAAUAAUUAUAAUAAUAACAAAAAUUUUUUUAUCGUUCCGUGUGUCCUCUCUAUCGAGUGCCGCCGUGUUACACGCACACUCCAGGCGCCAAAAUGAAUUCAUAUAGCUAAGGCUGUCUCAGACAUGGGAAGCGAGCACUACUGUCUCCGGUGGAACAAUCAUCAGAACAACCUGCUGGGCGUAUUCAGUCAACUGCUCCAAGAAGAGUCCCUCGUGGACGUGACGCUCGCCUGUUCGGAAGAAGGCCGCCUGAUCCGCGCCCACAAGGUCGUGUUAUCCGCGUGCAGCGCGUACUUCAAGGCAUUGUUCCUUGACCAUCCAACCCGCCACCCGAUCGUGGUGCUCAAAGACGUUCAGUUCUCCGAACUCCGUGACCUGGUCGAGUUUAUGUACCGGGGCGAGGUGAACGUAGACCACAGACAGCUGACCACCUUGCUGAAGACGGCCGAGAGCCUUAAGGUCAAGGGGUUGGCCGACAUGGCUCGCCCCAGUGACGGCGAUGACGAUACCGUCGGCGAUCGCGUUGAGUUGGUUCCUGCCGACCGGGACGACGAGCCCAUGGAACCGGAAGACCUGCGGCCGUUGAGCCGAUGCCGGACGCCGGUACCGGCUGAAAGCCGUACCCCGUCCCCACCACCCACCGAGAGCGAUGACAACCUUUCCAUGCAAAGCGAACCCAGCGACAUGACCACUGUUUGCAGGCACGACGAUCAACCAUCCCCGUCCGGUUCCGGUCUGCCACCAGUUCAGCAAGUACCUUUGUUCUUGAAAAAAGAAGCUGACUGUGACAAGACUGAUGACCGAAGCAUUCAAGGGGAAAGCUCUUCAGAAUAUCGGAGUAUACCAGAUCCGGAGCGCGACAGCAGGACGACGACGACGACGCCUACGACGACAACGACAACGAUGAUGAUGCCGACGACCGACAAAGCCGCAAUACCGCCGCGGUUUUACACGUGCCUGUACUGCAAUCUAACGUUCCCGCACCAGAGUAAACUGACGCGGCACAUACUGUCGCACAGCCUGGACAACCAGCACAGCGGYACAUCGUUUACGGACCCCGGUGGCGGCGGCGGCUUGACCGUGCCACCACCGCUAUCGUCGUCGGCAGCACUAUCACUGUUAUCCGCGUCUUCGUCGUCCACCGCGUCGUUGCAGCAAGCUUGUGGUAUUGCGGGUGCGGCCGCGAUGGACGACGGAGUGGGCGGUACACUUUGCAAGUUUUGCGGCAAAACGUUCCCGGACGUGGCCACUCUAGUCGGCCACCUGCCCGCGCACACCGGUGACCGGCCGUUCAAGUGCGAGUUCUGCGGCAAAGCGUUCAAACUACGUCACCACAUGAAAGAUCACUGUCGCGUGCAUACCGGUGAACGGCCAUUCCGAUGCGCGCUAUGCGGCAAGACGUUCAGCCGGUCGACAAUACUUAAAGCGCACGAGAAGACGCAUUAUCCAAAGUUCACGGGACGCCACCGGUUCGUGUCGUCACCCAGUCCCGAAGAGGAACCCGGAGGAGUUGGAGGUGGAGGAGGAGGAAUGUUAGUAGGAGGUGGGUUGGGGAAUUUCGGAGGCGGAAUGGCGCAGGCGGUUGCGACGAUCGCGUCYGCCGCCGUUAGACCAUUCGACUUGACCGUCAUCCAGCAUCAUCAUCACCACAGGCAUGGCAGCGGGUCACCGCCAGCCCCGCCACCGCCUCCGCCCACGCCACCAUGACGACGAUUGUUUCCUUAUAGAGUGUAGUGGAAAUAGGGUCACCCAGGGACCGUCCUCUACGCGCUCAGUCAUAUACGAUAUACUACCAUAUAUUUUGUUACAUUGUAAUAUCCGUCAUAUAUUAUUAUUAUUAUUAUUAUUAUUAUAUAGUUAUAACUUAUUAUUACAUUGUAUUAUUCGCUAUAUCAGAUAAACUGAAAACACACACCACACCACCACGAUUGAUGGUUUUCGUAGGUGAUUUUUUUGAACGUGAAAAAAACUUCCUACAUUUUAGAAAUUACCGUCUGAAUUAAAUCUUGAAAGAUUUUGAUUGAAAUCAACAGUUGAAAUCACUCUGGUGGACGUUUACUUUCGUCCUCGUCCACGAUGGUUCCUAUGUACGUAUGUAUUAUUUAUUUSGUAGGUAUACGCGAGACGUGUUUCGUCGUUAGUGUUUUCUUACACGGUUUGUUGCGUGACGAAAUACAAAAACGAUCACCGGAACGUUUAACUGCUUCACCUUCCCCUCCCAAUCAUCCGCCCCACACACCCCAUCUCCGAAGGUUAGGAUCGUACGCGAAAACUGUUCAAAUAUUUUAGGUUAGAAUCAAUACCUGUACGCGCCGCGCACGAUUCAUCCAUGUCUUUCAUAUCAUAUAGCGGCGUGCCCUUGUCAUCGUCUAGCGUUCCGUCGACGGUACACGAGUUAGCAAAAUUGGCCUCGGUCAACAGAUCGUCCAGUGGAUACAGGUGAUAAAAACUAUAAUAGUAAUACGAUAUGCGCACUGUUCAAAACUGACGGAAUAUUAAUGUAAUACGCCGUGAAAUAUAUUUUGCUCCAAAGCCUAGUACYCUAGCUGUUUUGCACUUUUACUUAAAUCGGACACAUAUGGAUGAAUAAAAUAGCUUAUCGAAACAAUUGUUCAUACUUUUUGUUUCGUUCAGCAUCCGUCGUAAUUAGGUAUGCGUAUUGGUGAAUUUUCCUAUCCCAGUCAUUGACUCUAGAUUCGAUUUAUUAUCUACAUUUUCAAACAUAAAUUACGACAAAAUAUACACAUGRUCUUCACGGUAUAUUAGACUAAUAAUUUAUGUUUUGGAUGUUCUUAUCUUUAAUGUAUUUAGCUACAAUAUUAAACAGCCCAUGAACGUUGUUGUUAUAGAUUCCGAACGGACGACUGAAUGCACCGGUAGGUACAUAGCUUGUACAUGCCRUCCUCCUCCAAUGCCAUGAGUAAUACCAGAUCGUUAUAAAGUUCUCAAUUAAAAAAUUAACAACAACAAACAAUAAUCACCGUUUUUAAAAUACAUUUGAUUUGUAUUGAAACGUUUUCAAACACAAGCCAGAUGUUCUCUUUUCACAUAGAAUUACAGAAGUUUAAAAGAGUUGGACGCAUAAUUUAUUAUUCUGCCGACACGAGGAAAAACAUUUUAUUCAUCCGUAAAUUAUAAUUAUUUUAAUACUCCCUUGAAAAAUACUCCUUUUUUACGUUCAAGCUAAUUACAUUUGAAAACUUUACAUUCAGAUGGACCCCUUGAGUAGUUCUAACAUUAGUAACAAUAAUUAACGGUGUGUAUAAUUGGUUAAGUGUUUAAAAAUCCAGAGUACAUUUUUUAACAUACUUUAUUUCGCUCAUCAUUAUUAUAACGCUCUAGCACCUAUUCAAAAGUCAGUAGAUUUAAUUUUCUGUGAUAUGCAUGUAUAUAAUAGAAUUUAUAUAUUUAUAUGAAUAAUUAAACAACAUCUAAUUUUAAUAACAGAGGUAGGCGUUAACAUGGACCAGUGCAGCUUAUUAAUAUACAUUCAAAAGUAAUGACUGACAUUUCAACUUCCAAUCUGUUUCAUAAUAAUACGAGUAUUACUAAGUAGGUCCACUAAUGAUAAUAAAAUAUGCCGUUAAAACAUUGUUAUUUUAAUUUUAUUUCAUUGUUUAGUGAAUAAACCAAAAAACUUAACUCUCAUUUGGUUUAUUUUAGUUACCAUCCACUAACCAGUAUUUAAUUAUACGUAUUUAAUAAAUAUAAACUAAAUUUUUAUUUAA